AUGCCGAUUGACAGUGAAAAAAGUUUCGGUAGUAAAAAAGAGGCUGGAGGUUAUUCCCAUUCAGAAAAGCACUCAAUUGUUUACACAUGGAAAAUUGAUGAGAUAAUUCAAUUUUUUAAUUCUGCCAAAAGCUCAAAAGAAGAUGUCGUAUUAAAGUCUCCGAAGUUUACAACGGGAUCAAAAAUAAAAGAUUUGUGGUUUCUACAGAUUGAAAUAAGAAAAAGUAAUGAACCAUCGAAGAAUAAAUCACUGCUGUCUUUAUUUCUAUUCCCAGAUCAUAGAGAUCAGAAAGUCUGGACUAGGUACAUGUUUUUCGUUGUUAAUAAUAAAAAGGAAAAAAUCGGAAAGGACUUCAAAGUUUAUGAUCAAUCAUCAAGCUUAUGGCUUGAUAAACUGUUUGAUAGUUCUGAUGGCUGGGGUUAUUCUGACUUUGCGAGAAUAAAAGAGUUAUUAGAAAAAAAAAAUGAACUUCUUGCAUCAAAUGAUACUUUAACAGUAGGUGUUGAUUUAACUGUCUAUGAAACACACGUGACUACAAAUAAUAAAAUCAAGCCGUGGAAGUAUUCUGGGCCGAGAUUGUCUGACGACUUUAGAGAUCUUUUUGUUACUAAGAAGAAAUGUGAUGUCAUUAUCAAAGUCGGAGAAGAAAAGUUUGAUGCGCAUAAACUUAUUUUAAUCUCCCGAAGCUGUGUGUUUGAAGCUAUGUUCUCGUAUGACAUGAAAGAGAACAAAGAAAAUCAAGUAACAAUACCAGACAUUAUUCCUGAAAUCUUCAAAAAAGUUCUUGAUUUUAUUUAUACAGACAAAGUCAAUGACAUAAAUAGUUCCGUUGAAGAACUUCUGGAAGCGGCUGACAAAUAUCAACUUCAGAGGCUCAAAGAAAUGUGUGAACAUUCUCUUUCUAAAAUUUUAACGGAUACAAAUGCGAUACGAAUUAUGAUUCCGGCAGAUCUUCACAAUGCAACACAAUAUUGCUAA